GAUCAGAAGAAGAUUUGGAGAAAGGAUUAUUGUUCAUUAUUGAUAGCUUAUCAACAUUUGGUGGGAUUAUUUAUUUUUUGAGUAAGGAUGAGAACUGCAGAGGAUUCAUCUGGAACAGUCCUUCACCGUCUCAUCCAGGAGCAGCUGAGAUAUGGAAAUCUGAGUGAAAAUCGUACCUUAUUAGCCAUCCAGCAACAGGCCUUACGGGCUGGAGGGGGCAGUGGAAGCCCCAGAUCUUCCUUGGAAAGCCUUGAACAGGAGGAGAUGCAGGGUAGCCCUUCUACAAGGCAGGAGCCUCAAGGGCAGGAGCAUCAUUGUGACCAUUUCUACCUGGAGAAUCCUAUGUAUAAAGCUUAUGAGUAUCACCAUAAGGGUGAGGAGCUUCCAACCUAUGAAGAAGCCAAAGCUGCCUUGUCUCAGUACUAUGCAGCGCAACAUAUCCAGAAGGUAGAACACGCUCCUACACGCCAAGACCAGUCACUUAUGGAGCUGAAGCAUGGUCAUGUUAGGUCCUUGAGUGAAAGGUUGCUGCAGAUGUCUCUAGAACGCAAUGGUGCUAAAUCGCAGAACCUUAUGACCUCCUCUCAUAGCUUUCCCCAGCUUACAAGGCAGUACCAGCUUUCAGUUGCUCGUGGACAACAGGAAGACGGAAUGCAAUAUAGGAAUGCUCCUCCUGAGUACCCAAGUUACAACCAACCUGACCCUAAUCUCAGGGGUUAUGCUUCAGAGCAAAGAUGCUAUUCAGGAGACCUUCCUAUGUACCAUCAGCCUGAAAUCAGGCCGAUGCCAGAUCCAAACCUGCACUAUGGGCAGAUGGCACCUUUCAACGCAGCAGGUACACACAUGGCUCGAAUGGAUGCUCUGCUGCAAGAGAAUGAAAAGCUACGCCGGGAACUUGAAAGUUACAGCGACAAAGCAGUGAGGAUCCAGAAGCUGGAGACUGAAAUUCAGCGAAUUUCCGAAGCAUAUGAGAAUCUCAUGAAAGCAUCCUCUAAGCGGGAGUCCCUUGAGAGUGCCAUGAGGACCAAGAUGGAAGGAGAGAUGAGGCGCAUGCAGGACUUCAACCGUGACCUAAGAGAACGGCUGGAAACUGCAAACAAACAACUAGCAGUCCGGAAUAUGGAGCAAAGGGAAGACAGUCAAGGAACUGUAUCCAAACUGCUUGCUCAGUGCCGUGAACAGCAGCUAGAUAAAGAGAAGUUAGAUAGAGAGGUUAGCCUCUUACGAAGUGCCAAUGAGGACCAGCGCCGAAGGGCAGAGCUCCUGGAAAAGGCUCUGAGUAAUGCCCAGUUCACAGCCGCUCGCACUGAAGAUGAGCUGCGCAAGAAGAGGGCGUAUGUGGAAAAAGUGGAAAGACUACAGCAGGCAUUAAGCCAGCUCCAGGCUGCCUGUGAGAAGAGGGAACAACUGGAAUUGCGUCUGCGGACGAGAUUGGAGCAGGAGUUGAAAAACUUAAGGGCUCAGCAGAGGCAACCAAUGAUGCAAAAUGGAAGCCAUUCUCCAGAAGUCUCUGUCUAUGUCCUUUCUGAGCAGCUGAGGGAGAAGGAAGAACGGAUAUUGGCUCUGGAGGCCGACAUGACCAAGUGGGAACAGAAGUAUUUGGAAGAACGUACUAUGCGCCAGUUUGCCAUGGAUGCUGCAGCCACUGCAGCCGCUCAGCGAGACACUACCAUCAUCAACCACUCACCCCGCCAUUCGCCAAACAAUAGCUUCAAUGAGGACCUGCUAAUAGUCAGCCACAGGCACCAAGAAAUGGAGAACAGAAUCAAAGCUCUGCAUGCACAGAUACUGGAGAAGGAUGCAGUCAUUAAAGUCUUACAGCAACGUAAACCUCACCAGGGCCUCCUGCGACCUGCUAAGUCAGUGCCCUCAAUAUUCACUCCAUCUGUGCCAAGCUCAAACUCAGCAGCUGGUGAAAGACAAGUGAACAAUACUUCACAAGGAGCACCAGUAAGUAAAUCAACAUCUGCCAACAUGAGCACCUUGCCCGUUCACACCAAGCAUGGCAGUAAAGAUGGUAGCACCCAGACAGAGUAUUCAACAGACCAGACAAGUGUGACAGACUGCAUUCUGGACAGGAACACCUCGUCCUCACUAGAAACCAUGUCCUCUGCUAAAAGCUCCAAUGCUUCUGAAAUGGUAGAGAUCCUUAUCUGAGCUGCCUUGGGGUAUACCCUCAAACUUGAGAAAGUCUUACAUGGCCAAGAUUCGUUUCUGGUCAGACAACUGAAGUCUACAGACAAAGGAUGCCGUGUUCAGUCUGCAAUGACGAGGUUCUCCUGGAGUUGGGACAAAGUCAUUGUAAAGCUUGAAAUACACAACUUGGAACUCAGAUGGGCUUUAUAUAUCAUCCAGCACACCAUUCUGAGUUGUGGAUAAAAUUGGAGGAGACUGGAAGACUUGAGAUGACCUUCUUGGAUAGCUCCACCAAACAUAUGCCAUCGACACUUGCCAACAUCAAUUAAUGUGAUUAAAGUGGUUUUGGAAUGUGAAACACUGCUAAGGCUUAAGACUGAUUCACAUGGACAUGUUCUGGGAGAAGAAGAAUCCCGUCUAGUUUUUGGCUUUGGAGAGCCAAGGUCCAAUCCUUUUUGCUGCUAGAAAUGCCUACAGAAAACUGUAGGGGUUUCAAGUGGUUUAAAGUUACCGGACUCUUGUCCCAAACAUUUUUCAUGUAAAUACUUAUGUGUUUAUUUUUAUAACACCUUUCAUUGUUACUAUUUAUGGACAACACAACUGUAUUGUUGUCUCGGCCCCAGUUCUUCUAUUUCUUGACGUUUUAUCAAAACACAAGCUUAUAAAAAUGAAAAUGGACCCUUCAGGACAACCAUAUGGCCUCGAUUAAUAAAAAAU